CAAGGGUUCGUGAACGAAAUUGGCCCUCUUCGUGAAUCCAGCCGAAUACGUUUCUAUCGUGUAACGUGAGGGACAACACGCGAAAAGUGUUUCGUACGUUGAUUCGCGGGCUUGGCGACAAUGUCGUCAAGAAAGCGACGCUCUACGUUCAUCUAAAGAUCGUCGAUGUACUCUCUCGUCGCUGACCUGGAGACCGGCGACAGAAGCCAUGCCGCAGCACAACCCCUGCCACAAGAGGCUGAUGAUAAUGACAGCGACGAAUCGUCAUCGUCUUGUCAGCUAGGGAACGCCGACAGCAAGCCCAGCACCAUGGCGGCUGAGGAGGGUGCGCUGAGUGGCGGACUCGGGGCGAAAUUAAAAUGUCCGACCCCUAUAUCACGCUUGAGGGUGGAGAAGAUCGAGGGUGGUCUCAUGGUAGCUGGGGUUGUAAUAGCUGCGAACUGCCAGAUUGCUCUUCCGGCAUUCGGCUUCCUCUUUCUGCUCGUCGGCGCUGUGCUCACUG